CGAAGUUCUGCGCGCGGCGCGGCGAUGGGGGGCUCGGGCAGUCGCCUGUCCAAGGAGCUGCUGGCCGAGUACCAGGACUUGACGUUCCUGACCAAGCAGGAGAUCAUUCUAGCCCACAGGCGGUUCUGUGAGCUGCUGCCCCAGGAGCACCGGAGCAUGGAGGAGUCUCUGCAGAUCCGAGUGUCCUUGGAGCAGAUCCUCAGCCUUCCGGAGCUCAAGGCCAACCCCUUCAAGGAGCGGAUCUGCAAGGUCUUCUCCACGUCGCCAGCCAGGGACAGCCUGAGCUUUGAGGACUUCCUGGACCUCCUCAGUGUGUUCAGUGACACAGCGACCCCAGAUAUCAAGUCCCACUAUGCCUUCCGCAUCUUCGACUUUGAUGAUGAUGGAACCCUGAACCGAGAAGACCUGAGCCAACUCGUGAACUGCCUCACGGGACAGGGCGAGGACACACGGCUUAGUGCUUCAGAGAUGAAACAGCUCAUCGACAACAUUCUGGAAGAGUCGGACAUCGACCGGGACGGCACCAUCAACCUCUCGGAGUUCCAGCACGUCAUCUCCCGCUCACCGGACUUCGCCAGCUCCUUCAAGAUUGUCCUGUGACCAGAGCCGCAGCCGGCGUCCCAGCAAGCGCCCUGUCCAAGAGCCCUUCCACUGCUGAGCUGUGGCCAAGGUCAUGCCUGUGGUGCCAGGGCCAGCCGAGCUGGCCUCGCCCAGAGCUGGCGCUGUGCAGUCCUGCUCCAGGCAGGGGCCGGCCCUCCGUGCCGGGGCCGCCUCUGUCACUGUCACUGCUGUUUGUGUUCUACUAAUCCACAAUAAAGGCGCAGACGUUUUGA